UCCGGCUUCCGCGCUUUACGGCGCUGGCGCUGUUGAGCGGAAAGAUGUCGGCUCCUGGCCGGGAGGAGCCGUCUGGUCCUCCCGGCAGCUACGCGAAGCGGGUCCUGGUGACCGGCGGCGCUGGUUUUAUAGCGUCCCACGUGAUUGUCUCCUUAGUAGAAGAUUACCCCAACUAUUUCAUCAUAAAUCUAGACAAGCUGGAUUACUGUGCAAGCUUGAAGAAUCUUGAACCUAUUUCUAACAAACGAAACUACAAGUUUAUACAGGGUGACAUUUGCGACUCUCACUUUGUGAAGCUGCUGUUCGAAGUGGAGAAGAUAGAUAUAGUGCUACAUUUUGCUGCACAGACACAUGUAGAUCUUUCGUUUGUCCGUGCCUUCGAGUUUACAUAUGUCAAUGUUUACGGCACUCAUGUCUUGGUAAGUGCUGCUUAUGAAGCCAGAGUGGAAAAAUUUAUUUACGUCAGCACAGAUGAAGUAUAUGGAGGCAGUCUCGAUCAGGAGUUUGAUGAGUCAUCACCCAAACAACCUACAAACCCCUACGCUUCAUCUAAAGCAGCGGCUGAGUGCUUUGUGCAGUCUUACUGGGAACGAUACAAGUUUCCGGUUGUCAUCACCAGAAGCAGUAACGUCUAUGGACCACAUCAGUAUCCAGAGAAGGUUAUUCCAAAAUUUAUAUCUUUGCUGCAACACGACAGGAAAUGCUGUAUUCAUGGAUCGGGGCUUCAGAGAAGAAACUUCCUUUAUGCUGCUGAUGUCGUGGAAGCCUUUCUCACUGUCCUCAGGAAGGGGGAGCCAGGUGAAAUUUACAACAUUGGGACCAACUUUGAAAUGUCCGUUGUCCAGCUCGCAAAAGAGCUAAUACAGCUGAUCAAAGAGACCAGUUCGGAGUCAGAAACAGAAAGCUGGGUGGACUAUGUUCAUGACAGACCGCACAAUGACAUGCGAUAUCCAAUGAAGUCUGAAAAAAUCCACAGCUUAGGAUGGAAGCCCAAAGUGCCUUGGGAAGAAGGAAUAAAGAAAACAGUGGAGUGGUACCGAGAGAAUUUCCACAACUGGAAGGAUGCAGAAAAGGCCUUGGAGCCCUUUCCAGUUCAGCCACCAUUUAUGUAACUGCCGGUCGGAGAAAAGGACAUUUCCUACCUCACCCAGUGACAUGACAUCACGUGCUUGAUGACGUGCCAGCUCUCCUUCCCGGAUGGGAUUCGGUGCAGAGUCCUCAGAAGUCCAGUAUUGGUCCAGGAUUCCGUGUGGAGAUUUCCUCAGCAGCAGACGCGCUGGACGUGGGCAGGACGAGGCCCCUGGUUCUGCGAAGAGGAGUGGUGACACAGCUCCCCGGCUUCCCCAGCACCUGAGGGUCUCGGGUUUUAUGUCCUGACUCAUCUUUCAGGCCUGAUGGUGUGAAAAUGGAACAAAAAUGAAGCAUAUUGAGCACUUUUUAACUUUUGAUAAUUUUGUAAAAUUCAGUUAGAUGUUUUUUACAAAGGUAAGCUAAAAUUUCUCACCUUUUUAAAAUCAGUUGUUGAUUUAUUUUUGACCUGUACCAGAAAUUUUAUCAUGUAUCUACUGUUUAUAGUGGUUUUAUUUAUAAAAGUAUCAAUAUAUUUUAAUAUAUUAAAUCCUGAUUAUGGCUUU